CUUAGUUGUGUACAAAACCUAGCUACUUACACAAGCACACAUCCAACACCUUCACAAUUCACCAUUCUUGUUUGUUGCACGAGUCGAUACACACAACCCCUAGUAUCCAUCAUUUACGAUUAGGACUAGUAGAAUAUCUAAUCUCAUUCGCUCUCUUACCUUUCGUCUCUAUAACAAAUUAAACAUACAAAUACAUACACAAAACAAUGGUUAGGAAGAGAAAAGCUGAAGGAUUAGCGAAAACUCAUGAAUCUCAUGAUGAUCAAGGGAAUACAGCAGCCUGGAACGAGAUGGUAAAGGAAGCAGAUGGUGCAGCCACACAAAGCGGAGCUCAGCGAGCCCGAAAGAGAUAUGUAGGGGUUAGACAAAGGCCAUCAGGAAGAUGGGUUGCUGAAAUAAAAGACACUAUACAGAAAAUAAGAGUGUGGCUUGGAACUUUUGACACUGCUGAGGAAGCAGCACGAGCGUACGAUGAAGCUGCUUGCUUGCUCCGUGGAGCCAAUACUCGCACAAAUUUCUGGCCUUGUUCUUUAUCUAAUUCUUCUUCUUCUUCCACUUCAGCUUUGCCUCCCAAAAUCACUAAUAUUCUUCUUACCAGGCUCAAAGAAAGAAAUAAUUCCUUAGCUGCUGCUGGUGAUGAUGACUCGUCCAAAUCUUGUUCCGUGCCUGAAAUUGGUCGCCAGCAGCAGAAUCAGCAAGAAAAAUUCGGAGAAAAUGUAGCUGAUUUUUCAGAUUCACUAUACACUGAAUAUCUUAAUUACCCUGAUGAUCACAUAACUGAUAACAACACGAUCGCUAAUGUUACUAGCUGGGGUGAUUUUAUUCAGCCUGUCAAUAACUUUCAAAGCUCGAACGAAGAGAUUAUUGAAGUGGGAGACGAAGAAGAGGAGAUAGGAGAGGCAAUUAAUACUGAUGUAUUAGAAGAUAUGGAGUCAAUUGACUUCAACUUUCUUGAUGAAAUUGGAUCGUGUUACUAUUCGCCAUUUGAGAUAGCUGAAGAGCUAUCAACAGAGACAAUGGAACAUGGGAUGGUUUAUGGGGAAGAAACAUCAGCGGUAAGUGAGGCAAUGAGGAGGAUGAAUUACGAGAGGAAGUUUUCGGCUUCCCUUUAUGCAUUUAAUGGGAUUACAGAAUGUUUGAAGUUGAAGAUGAAAUCUGCUCGAGCAACGCAAUGGGAAACGUCUGAGCAAUUAUCCACACUCCGAAAUGCAUACAAAAAGAACCAGGAGGAGAAGGAGAAAAAUGAAAAAUGCAAUGUUGAAGAAGCAGUGCCAUUUUCGUUGACGGAGAAUGCUUAUGAGAGUGAAUUGUCCAUAUGGAGCUCUAUUGAUCUCCCACCAAUUUGCUUUGUUACUUGAAAAAAUUGGCAGAAUAUUUUGUGUCCCCCCUCCUUUUAUUUCUUUUACUAGAAGUUGA